UUGUCAGCACGUGUGAAAUUUAUACAGUAAUAUAUUCUUAGAAUUUUGUAAUGGAAGAACGUGAAAGAGCUUGAAAAACAUUUGUUUUAUAUUUAUUGUAAAUUAAAAUAAAUUUUCAAUUAUACCAAAAUGAGUACAAUAUUAGAAAAGAUUGCCUCAAUCGAGGCCGAGAUGGCUCGAACUCAAAAAAAUAAAGCUACAUCUGGCCAUUUAGGUCUAUUAAAAGCAAAAUUAGCUAAAUUAAGAAGAGAACUUAUUACUCCUAAGGGUGGUGGAGGUGGUGGGGAACAAGGUUUUGAAGUGGCUAAAACGGGUGAUGCUAGAAUAGGUUUUGUUGGUUUUCCUUCUGUGGGUAAAUCUACUUUAUUGAGUACUCUUGCUGGUGUUUAUUCUGAAGUUGCAGCAUAUGAAUUUACAACUCUUACUACUGUUCCUGGUUGUAUAAAAUAUAAGGGUGCAAAAAUACAGUUGCUUGAUCUACCUGGUAUCAUUGAAGGUGCAAAAGAUGGUAAAGGACGUGGAAGACAAGUUAUCGCGGUUGCAAGAACUUGCAGUUUAAUAUUUAUUGUUUUGGAUGUGUUAAAACCACUUGGGCAUAAAAGAUUAAUUGAACAUGAAUUAGAAGGUUUUGGAUUACGUUUAAAUAAACAACCGCCGAAUAUUACUUUCCGUAAAAAAGAUAAAGGCGGCAUUAAUUUUCAAACGACGUGUGCACAAUCAGAACUUGAUUUAGAAACAGUGAAAAGUAUUUUAUCAGAGUAUAGAAUUCAUAAUGCAGAUAUUAUUUUGCGUUAUGAUGCUACAUCUGAUGAUUUAAUUGAUGUUAUUGAAGGAAAUCGUGUUUAUGUACCAUGUAUUUAUUUACUCAACAAAAUAGAUCAAAUUAGUAUUGAAGAAUUGGACAUCAUUUAUAAAAUACCGCAUUGCGUACCGAUUUCUGCUCAUCAUAAAUGGAAUUUUGAUGAUUUGCUUGAAAAAAUGUGGGAAUAUUUACAGCUUGUUAGAAUUUAUACUAAACCAAAGGGUCAAUUACCAGAUUAUAAUUCCCCAGUAGUAUUAAACAGAGAAAGACGAACAGUUGAAGAUUUUUGUAAUAAAUUACAUCGAUCUAUCGCAAAAGAGUUCAAAUAUGCUCUUGUAUGGGGAUCGUCCGUUAAACAUCAGCCACAGAAAGUCGGAAAAGAUCACAUAUUAUGUGAUGAGGAUGUCGUGCAAAUUGUAAAGAAAGUAUAAUCUUAUUUAAAAUUUCGUAUAUAAUUAUUUAGAAAAUUAAACUGAAAUUUUCAUAA